CAGCCUUUCUCCGUCCGCUCUGUCACCACUCAAGUCACGUCCCCAUGCUGGACACCGCCAUAUCGUACCAUCUGGGGAACCACCCUGCGCAGGGCGUCGCUACGUAAGGACGAAUGCGCCUGUGCCCGACACCUCUAUACCUAUCUCUCCACCCCCACUGCAGCGUUCGUCCCCCCAGCUGCAGACGGCCAUCAUGACCUCCUUCUUUGGCAGGUUCAAGGGUACUAGUCCCGCGAGCCCAGCUUCGAGUAACACCCCGGCGAAGAAAGAUCCCCACCUUCCGCAACCCACACCUCUAGAGAAGCUCCUUGCCGAUGCUGGCCCUCUACGCGGCGAUGGAAGCGACAAGUUCUUUGGAUUCGAAAAUUUUGGGAGCACAUGUUACUGCAAUUCAAUAAUCCAAUGCCUUUACUACUCGGUACCGUUCCGAGAACAAGUCAUAAACUUUCCUUCCAGAUCGCCACCAGAAGUUCUCGAGAGACCAGCACAGGGGCCUCUACCGCGGCUAAACACCGAUUUGUCCCCCCUCGCGAAUAGUCAAAAUGCAGCGCUUUCCCCCAAAGGGAGGAAUUCCAUAUCGAGUCCAAGCACGGCAUCGCCGAGGAAACCCGUCACGACCCCAGGCGCGGUUAAUAACCCGCAAGGGAUGAAGCCCGAGGAUAACAAGGACUCACCAGAAUACAAGAAGAAAAUGGCUAUGGCGGCAGGGCCAGUCCUAACCAUGGACUAUGAGAACUCGAAAGCAUAUGGCAUGUCGGAGUCUCUCUUUACAUCGCUUAAGGACAUCUUCGAGGCAGUAAUCGCGCAUCGGUCACGCAUGGGCGUAGUGAGCCCCAACAAAUUUCUUGAAAUUCUGCGGAGGGAGAAUGAGAUGUUCAGGACUCCAAUGCACCAGGAUGCACACGAAUUUCUGAAUCUACUGCUAAACGAAGUAAUGGAGAACGUAGAGCAGUUUUCGAGGCAACGAAUAACAGAGGUUGGCGAUUCGGACUCGAAAUCUGACUCAAAUGCCCUUUCCGUCGCAUCGACACAGACAGCUUCCGUCCCAGAUCGUACUUCGGUGCCAUCACUAAACAAUACUGGUUGGGUACACGAACUCUUCGAGGGCACGCUGACGUCAGAAACAAGAUGUCUCACAUGUGAGAACACCUCACAACGAGAUGAAGCAUUUUUGGACCUGUCGGUAGACCUAGACCAGCAUUCUUCGGUGACAAGCUGUCUGAGGAAGUUCUCCGAGGAGGAGAUGCUUUGCGAACGCAACAAAUUCCACUGCGACAACUGCGGGGGCCUACAAGAGGCAGAAAAGAGAAUGAAGAUCAAGAGACUACCGAGGAUCUUGGCACUUCACCUAAAGAGGUUCAAGUACACUGAGGAUUUACAGCGGCUACAAAAAUUAUUCCACAGAGUCGUAUAUCCCUACUAUCUCCGACUAUUCAACACUACCGACGACGCUGAAGACCCGGACAGGCUCUACGAGCUGUAUGCGGUCGUUGUUCAUAUUGGUGGCGGACCGUAUCAUGGACACUAUGUCUCUAUCAUUAAGACGCAGGAUCGAGGCUGGCUGUUGUUCGAUGACGAAAUGGUCGAGCCCGUCGAUAAAGCCUAUGUCCGAAACUUCUUUGGGGGUGAGAACGCUCUCGCAUGCGCCUACGUCCUUUUCUAUCAGGAAACAACAUUAGAGGCUAUGCAGAAAGAGCAGGAAGCCGAGGGUCUAGCUGCUGCUAAACAUGCUACCGAACUUCACCAGGAGCCGCUCUCCGCUGCAAUUCCCAAGCAGAAUGGCGUUGCUAAUGGCCAUCCGCUUCAGCAUGCCACUACCCCAGUUGUGGAGAGCGAGGAUCAGUUUGUGAGCUUGGGUCACGCUGCGACAGCACCUCCAAUACCGCACGACCCACAUAAUCCACCAGAGAAUAUUGUGACGAGUAUACCGAUUCUGAGUCCGAAGAAGAGCAACCUCCAAUCGAAGAAAGAGAAAGCAGAGAAGGCAAAAGAAGAGAAGGAGAAAAAGGCACAAGAAAAGGAACUCGAAAAGCAAGCGAAACAAAAGCGGAAAGAAAUGGAACUUAAACGUAGAGAGAACUACAAGAAGCAAGAGGAAGACCUUCGAGCUGCGUUAGCCGCAAGCAAACUAUCAGCGAAAAAUGAGGCAGAUCUACGCCGAAGUCACACCCAAGUCGAUGGGAGCGAAAAUUUGAGCGAAAAGGAACCACAUGUGCAAGAGAAGGAGAAGGAAAAUGGGUUCACCAGUAAAGGUGGUCUGAGCCGCUUCCGACACAGCAGUAUGAGCAUCCGCCACAAACCCAAAUUUUGGUCUCACAGAGACAAGCAUGAAUCAGAGGCCAAGACAGACACGGAGCAUGUAGGCCCACAGACGCCAGGCGUGGAGACAGGUAGUCAGGACGUGACACCGAAUGCAACACCGGACAAACCUGAGAAAGAGAAGUCAAAGAAUCGCUUUAGCUUAGGGAGGAAGAAAUCAACCUUCCAUCUCUAGACACGACGCCUUUUCUCAUUAUGAAGCUGCAGGUCUCUGGGCUCUUCGAAUUCUGUUUGUGGAAAUAAUCAUAUUUCUCAUCACUGGAUAUUUGUAUAUUUCAAACUAGGUACGAGGCUCUCUGUGCAUACUUCUCCCUUCCUAAAUCCAGAGCCAUGAAGGUUCUUAUGUAUAACAAGAUUUUUCGUAAAUUGGAGGUUCGGCAUGUCCUUUAUAGGGAUGACGAGAUGUGAUGCUUAGCAUGGCAUAAGCGAGCAUGGUAGCUCCAAGAGGAGCUUGCUUCUUGCUGGUGGAUGAAGAAGUGUUCAUUUGUUCAUAGCUAAUGAAUUGAGAGGCGUGAGGGCGCGCAAU